UCGUUUGUGAGAAGCAACGAGACAUCAGCGUCAUGCCCGAGCCAGCAAAGUCCGCGCCCAAGAAGGGCUCCAAGAAAGCCGUCACCAAGACCGCAGGGAAAGGCGGCAAGAAGCGCCGAAAGUCUAGGAAGGAGAGCUACGCCAUUUACGUGUACAAAGUCCUGAAGCAGGUCCACCCCGAUACCGGCAUCUCCUCCAAGGCCAUGGGAAUCAUGAACUCGUUCGUGAACGACAUCUUCGAGCGCAUCGCCGGAGAGUCGUCUCGCCUGGCCCACUACAACAAGCGUUCCACCAUCACCUCCAGGGAGAUCCAGACCGCAGUGCGCCUGCUGCUCCCCGGAGAGCUGGCCAAGCACGCAGUGUCCGAGGGCACCAAGGCCGUGACCAAGUACACCAGCUCCAAGUAAACAGCGCAUUUGGAGUGCUGUAGUAACCCAAAGGCUCUUUUAAGAGCCAC